CAACACCUGAAGGCUCAUACGGCGUUCUGUCUGAGCACGGCAAUAAUGAGAUCCGCUUUUAUGUAGGCUAGAUGAUUUUGGGCGUAAUAUUAGCCGUCACCUCAUGGUUUGAUCUUCUGGGUGAAGCCAGCGCUAGAAAAUACUACUACCUCGACAUUCUGGAGGAUAAACAAUUGGAUCGCGAUUAUAUCAGAAGAAACGGAGAAGUUUUUGUUUCUGACGCGCCUGCCCGAUUAUACAGGUGCAGAAAUGCACAUAUGGACGGUACGGCCGUCAUCUGGUGCAAGUCGUUGAACCGGACGGAGGAAGCGCAUGCAUGCAACUCUGCGACGUUCUUCAGCGCCUACAGACCGUUGACGGAGACGCCCCUGUGGCUGGACGAGGUGGAGUACCCGAUGCUGCCCCUCUUCAUGUCCGUGGGCUUCCCGCCGCGCCACCCGCAUUGGCCGAACUUCCAGACCUCCACUCGGGAUAAGGAGGUCGAACGAGUCAUCCAGGUCUGUAGGAGCAACGGGUGUCUCCCGGACCAAGAGGAGGACAUCAAGGAUCUCCUGGACUACGUCAAAUGUAAUAAUGUUGGCGAGUGCGUCAUCGAUAAAAGCCGGCACAUCAUUGACACCACCUUGCAGGUUUUGCAAGGCGCGCUCGAGUGGAUCAACGGUGUCCAUCACAAGCACCACAGUCCUCAGGCCAGAGUCAAGAAAUUCGCGAUGAAAAGGCUGCCAAGUUAUUUAACGAAAAGUCCCUUGUGGAAAAAAGUCGGUUGGGCCUCCAGUCCGCGUCGUGAAACAUCAACAUCGACACCCCGCAGUAUUCCAAUAGCUUCCGAGCUAAAAGCCAUCAGCAAACUCAUGGUCAACAAACUGCUUGACCCUUGCACCUUCAAGAGAUACGUUAAGAAAGAGGACAAAUGGAACGAGAAAUAUCGGAUCGACAAAAACUGCAGAAUCUACUGCCAAUUCCUGGGAGUUGCCGUGGAGAUGUUUGUACCGACCUCGGUGCCCUACCCUCUCGUGUACUGCUCCCAUCUGAUUGAUGGGAAAUGCAAUGACAGAGAUGUGUGCGUCUGCGAGCGACGAAUCCCGACACCGAUUCGACGGUACAAACCUGAGAUUAACAUGCUGUACUGCGACAACAUGCUCCGACGAAAAUUGAGCAAGAUCGAGUUGCCAAUUCAGAGGCCACCUCCGCCCAAGUAUACGCCUUCACCGCCGCCCAAGUAUACGCCCACACCUUCGCCCAAGUAUACACCUUCACCGUCGCCCAUUAGCCCGGCCCUCGGACAGUCUCCACAUGCAUACUCUGGAUCUAAAUCUAGAUCUGGUUCUGAAUCUGAUGCUGGAUCUGAAUCGGACUACGGCUCCAACGUUGCGUCUCAAGGCUCGCCGGUAGAAAAAGAUGAAUUUUUAUUGAGGCUACAAAGGGCCUUUCCUUCUGGAAAUAUAGAUGUUUGAAAUUCA